GUGUUCGGCGUCCUUCCUCAUUCCUCUGUGUUUAAUGUUUUUGAUUACGUCUGUUGUAGGCAUGUGAUAAGUACUAAAUCUACUAUCUAUGGAGAUUGGAGCUGCUGCCUGCUAUUUAGAAAAUAAUUUAUGAUUAUUUUGAUUUUUUAAUUUCUUAAUGAACAAAUCAUAUUAAAAUGGAAAUAUACUAUGUAGACAUUGUUCUAAUAAUUAAUCUUAUACUUCAUUCAAUAAUUUUGACGAAAUGUUCUGUUGGGAACUUUGAAAUCAUAAAAGGGAUCCCAAUAGAAAAAGCCAAACUAUAUGCUUAUGGCAAGAACUUCUCAUGUUUGGAUGGCAAUUUUACUAUUCCUUACUCAUAUAUUAAUGAUGAUUAUUGUGAUUGUAUUGACGCAAGUGAUGAACCAGGUACCUCGGCAUGUCCAAAUGGCACAUUUUACUGUACAAAUAAAGGACAUUUUCCUCUUGUUGUGCCGUCAUCACGCGUGAAUGAUGGAAUUUGUGAUUGUUGUGAUGGGUCUGAUGAAUGGGCUAAUACAAAUGCUUGCAAAAAUACAUGUGAAGAUCUUAGCCAUGCGUCUAGAAGUGAAGAAAAUAGAAUACAUAAUUUGUAUGCUCUUGGAUUUAAAAUAAGAUCACAACUUAUAAAUAAAGGCAAAUACCUUCUAUCACAGAAACAGAAUAAAAUUAUUUACCUCCUUGCCAAAAUAAAAGAUGCUCAGUUUAAUAGAAGUAGUUUAUUUUAUGACAAAGAAAUAGCUAAAGAAAAGGAAGAGAGAGCAAUAGAGGAGGAAAAAUCAAAUCAACAAAAUAAAGCUAUGAGAAUAUUUAAUGAAAUUGAUACUAACAAAAACAAUAAAAUUGAAGUGGAAGAAGUAAUAGCUCACAGUAUUUUUGAUCAAAAUAAAGAUGGCUUAGUUUCACAAGAUGAAAUUAAUUAUUUUAUGGAAAAUAAAAAGGAAUUUGAAGUAAAAGAUUUUAUGUCAAAUGGCUGGAAUCGUGUAAGCCUGUUAAUUUUUAUAAAAUCUUUUGAUGAAAAACAACAUCUAGAUAAAAAAAAUACCAAAAAGGAAUUUCUAAAUCAAGAUUUUAAUUAUAAUUCCGAGAAUGAAACUGAAAAAUAUAAUAUUGAAGAUAUCGAAGCUGUAAGAAUUAAUAAAUUAUUAUAUACAGAAAAAACCAAAAUCAUAAUUAAUGAAUCAAAAAAAGCUCAUGAACUAUUUGAAGAUGCUGACAGAAUAGUAAAAUAUCUUCAAAAUGAAGUAAAUGAUUUAAAAACAUCAUUAAGUAAAAAUUUUGGUCCUGAAAAUGAAUUUGCUGCUUUGGACGGACAGUGCUAUGAACUGAGUAAUGAUGAAUACAUCUAUACAUUAUGUCUAUUUGAAAAGAUAACAAAAAGGCCAAUAAAGGGAGGAUCAGAAGUAAACUUGGGUGUCUGGAAAGAUUGGACAAACUUUAUUGAUGAUGAACCUCAAUAUCACACCAUGCUAUAUGAUAGAGGACAAUACUGUUUGAAUCAUUAUCAAAGGUUUACUUAUGUUCACUUGAGUUGUGGCUUAAAACCCAAAUUCACAUCAGUGUUAGAGCUUAAUCUAUGUGAAUACAAAAUGGAAUUUGAAUUACCCUCAGUAUGUGUGAUACAAGAUACUAAGUACUUAAGAAAACCUGAACGAGAAGAAUUAUAAUUGUCAAUUUAUAUACUUUACUUAAACCAUUGUGUUUAACAAUGUAUGGCAAACAAGUGUUUUUUUUUUAUUCCUCAUAAAUAUAAAAUUUAUAAACACGUAAAAAAAAUAAUGUACAUAAUAGGUAGUAUUAUAAGUACUAUAAAUACAUAAAUAUACUACACCAGGGGUGGCCAGCUUGCAGCUCUAGUCAUUAUCAGAUGCGGUUCACAUCUUAUUUAUAAAAUCAAAGUUUACCUAUUAUUAUGAAUUAAAAACAUUUUAAUAUUCAUUAAUAAAAAAUUAUCGAAUUAUAUAAAAUGAAUACUAAACAUCUUUUAUUUAUGUGGCCCGCAACAUUUUCAUGUUGGCCACCACUGUACCAAACCAUGUUACCCCUUUGUUGAUAAAA